AUGCGAUAACCAUGCUGGAUCUCUUCGCACCUAUUAAAUGCCUCUUGCGGCAAGAGCCCGUUCAUGUCGACAAUGUGGUGUUCAGACUGCACUCGCGCGUCACCGUUCUUUUGCUGCUCGUUUGCACCAUUCUCGUAACCGCCAAGCAAUACAUCGGCGAGCCGAUUUCUUGCAUGACCGACAGUUCUAUCGACAAAGAACCCGUGAAUGCGUAUUGCUGGAUCUACAGCACGUUCACGGUAAUCCGACAUCUGAAAGGUGUUCCAGGACGCGGUGUAGCGAGCGCCGGUGUAGGGCAGGCUCUUCCGCGCGACGAAGCCCAUCAUCAUCGAUAUUAUCAGUGGGUUUGCUUUGUUCUCGGCUUGCAAGCGAUUCUUUUUUACGUGCCGCGCGCCUUGUGGACCAUUUGGGAGAGAGGCACCAUAGGUCUUCUCUCGCGAAAUCUCGAGACGCCGUUCCUGGGGGAGGUAUGGACCGCGGAGAGAAAGCGACAGCUCGUCGAGUAUUUUACCCGGACGAAUCUGCACAGUCACAAUUUCUACGCCAUACGUUUCUUUGUGUGCGAGCUCUUAAACUGUUUAAAUUCAAUGGGACAGAUAUACGCGCUGGAUGUGUUUCUGGAGGGACAGUUCAGACGAUACGGUCCGCUGGUGAGCGCGUUCGUCGCGGAGAAAAAUCCUCACGACAGGAUCGACCCGAUGGCGCGAUUAUUCCCGAAGGUGACCAAGUGUACAAUUCACACCUUUGGGCCGGCAGGAUCCGUUCAAACGCACGACGCGCUCUGCGUGUUGCCGUUGAACGUAGUGAACGAGAAGAUCUUUGUCGUUCUGUGGUUCUGGCUCGUGUUUCUCGCGUGCGUCGGUUGUCUGGCGGUAAUCUACAGGUACACGGGGUGGUGCUGUAUACAUGUGAUCGUGGUUUUCUCUCAACGUUGGACGAGAGUUUACCUUCUGCGAGGCGCGGUUCGCGUGCUCGAGAGAUCUAAGGCCGAGUGUGUCGUACGAGUAUUCCACUUUGGCGAUUGGUUCCUGUUGUACCAACUCGCACAGAACGUCAAUCCUAUCGUGUACAGAGAGCUGGUUAACGAGAUAGCGGAAGCCUUCGCGCGCAAGAGUUUCGCGGACUUCGUCUAGAUCCCCCUCGUCCUAAGUAGUAUUACGCGAAACUCAAUUUACGAAGCUCACGAAUGUUCUUAUAUAGAAAUAAACAUUUAAGCAGAUAUAUAUAUAUAUAUAUAUACCCUGGAAUUAAAUACCUCGCA